CACACAGGUUCUCUCAAGAACAGACAAACUCGCUGAGCACACGCAUACACUUCUGAACUCCCCAGCAAACUGUCUGGUGUAGCUGGCAUCCUGCAUGCCAAAGUCCUGAUGUCACCCGUGAAUGUGGGAAGUCUGCAGGAGUUGCCGGAGGGACAGCUGGAUGAGGGGCAGCAGCUUCUAUUAGAAGAGGACUAACUUUGCUGUGUGUGUGUCCACCUCCCUGCUUCUUCUUCCUCUCCCCAGCCUCCUGUGCACCAGAUGCUGUUGCUACUGCUGCUGCCCAUAGUGUGGGCACCUUUGCCAGUACAUCCUCAAAGCCCAGUUGAGGAUGACAGAUGUAACCAAACAGACUGGCAAAGAGUGGAAGGCAUGUCUGAUGAGAAAGGAUACCUCUCAGAUAUGAAUGUCAGCAACCACAAUCGCUCUAAUACUCUCUUCUUGACGUGGAAAAGACUCUUGGGAGACAUCCAGGGUUUCUCAGUACGUCUUUACAACCCAGAGGGAAACACUCUGCUGCAAAAUGGAUCUGCUGGCCCCAAUGCUACUAGCUUCAGCUUCCAUGAUUUAAUUCCUGGGACACAAUACCAAGUUGAAGUCACUGCUCUGUGGACCUGUGCACGGAACUCCACCAGGAGACUCAUGGGACAGACAGUUCCUUCACCAGUGAAGAAUGUUAUGUUAAAUCAUGAGAGCCCUUCAGUAUUACUGGCAUCUUGGAGUGAAGCCCCUGGUGGAAAGCACGGUUAUCAGCUUGUCCUUUAUCACAUAAAAUCCCAGGCACUUGUCAGGAAUGUAACUGUCUCCAAAAAUGUCACCACCUUCCGAUUUGAGAAGCUUCUAUCUGGCAAUGAAUAUGCCUUACAAAUCACCACACUGGCUGGAUCUUACAAAGCAAGCACCCGUGCACGAGAGUGGACAGCUCCUGUUGCACCCAAGGCACUAAAAUUCCAAAGCAAAAGCUCCAGUUCCAGUUUGAUUGCCUCAUGGGCUAGCAUGGAAGGAGCAGAAUGGCUGCAUUUCACUCUCCACAACCUCCGUACCCCAGCAGAGAGUACCACGGUGUCAAUCAAGAAUGGCCUGUCAAACUAUACCUUCCAGCACCUACAGCCAGGUACCCCUUAUCGACUGGAGGUCAGUGCUGCAGUGGGGCCCUACCGAGUGGAGGCUGGCAACAUCACUGCCUAUACACACCCUCUGAGGCCAAUCAAUGUAAGCUUAAUCAACUAUGGCAAAAAUAACUCUUUAAAAGUAUUGUGGAAAUCACCAGCUGGAGAAAGAGAAUUAUAUCUGGUGUCUCUGCAAGAGGGAGAUAACAGCACACCCAUCAAGAACGUGUCAGUGGGAGAGAACAGCACACGAGUCACCUUCCAUAACUUGAACCCUGGGACACGCUACACAGCUUGGGUGACAGCUGUUUCUGGGCCUCAUAAGGCGCCUGCAAAAAGCAGCCCUGCUUGGACGUUUCCUAUAGCUCCAUUAGGUGGGAGUUUAUCAAGCCUAGGAAGUGCCCAUAUGCUUCAUGCCCAGUGGCAAGAAAUGUCUGGGAGUGGCUAUGUGGCAUCAUUGUAUACCAUGGAGCCCUACAUGCUGGUGCAAAACAAGUCAGUGGCAAAGAAUUAUUCCAGCCUCCAUUACGAAGGAUUAAGCCCAGGCACACACUAUGCUUUGGAGAUCUGCACUAUUGCUGGGCCCUAUAUCUCAGCACCUCUCCGCCUGAGCAACUGGACAUAUCCCUUGCCUCCAGAGCAUCUGAGCCUCAACAAUGAUGGCCACAGCACAAGAUCCUUGCGUGCUUCCUGGGAAAAGACCUCUGGAAGCAGAGGCCAUUAUGUAGGCAUUCUCUUAGAAACCAAAUCCCAGUUGGGGGUCAAGAAUGUGACGGUGUCAGAGGACAAACAAAGGACCAAUGUCAGCUUUGAAGGGCUGAUCCCUGGACGUCAGUACACACUGAAGGUGGUAGGGGUGGCUGGACCAUACCAAUCUCUUGUUCAGACAGUUAGUGGCUGGACAUACCCCUUGGUUCCCUCAGGAUUGACACUAGUCAGUAGUAGAUGGUCCUCCAGUCUUGUUGCCUCUUGGAACCUACCUUUAGGAGACAGAGACCAGUUCUUUCUACGAUUCUAUAGCCAGGAGCACCCUGCACUGCAGAGGAACAUCACAAUUGGACCAGACAUGCAGAAUUUCACUUUUGAGGGCCUUGUUCCUGGCACACAGUAUUUUCUGGAAGUUACGACUCUGGCAGGACCAUACCGGGCCUCAUCACAUGUGGUAUCUGCAUGGACACAUCCAGUAUCUCCAGGUAAUGUGAGUGUGAAAUGUGGCCAGAGCCCUCAGCAGCUCAUUGUCUCCUGGAUGGAAUCAGGGCACGGGCGAGAGUACUGGAUACAGCUGUACUCAGAUGAAUCCCUCUCUGUUAUUCGCAACAUGUCAGUUCCACAUGGAAUGACUCAGGUAACUUUAGAUGGCCUCAUACCAGGAACCCGGUACCGUGCUGAGAUUGUCUCCAGAGCUGGACCUCAUCGCAUUUCCUCACAAACAGCCAUUGGCUACACAGUGCCUUUGAUGCCACUUUCCGUUCUGGUGAACAGCCACGGUACCACAAUGUUGACGGCACAGUGGAAGGCCCCACCUGGACAGAGAGACAGCUACAUGGUCUCUGUAUCAGAAGAGGGAACCCCAGACACCAGAAAUUAUGUGGCGGUGGAGAAAACCAGUACCAAUGUCACUUUAACAGGACUAACACCAGGCACAUGUUACCAUGUUACAGUGUGGUCAUUGGCUGGACCGUACAGCUCUGUUUCACAGAAUGGUACAGCCUGUACCGCCCCUGCUGCUCCUGUGAACGUGACUCUGAAAAAUAGUGGCAACUCAUCUUUGCUUUAUACAACCUGGGCAGAGCCUCCAGGAGGCAGGGACCACUACCGGAUGGUCCUAUACAGCGUCGUGCCUCCAGGAAUGGAGAGGGUUCAUGUUGUGAAGCCGGGCACCCAGGACUUCCUCUGGAGAGAGCUGCCGGCAGGAAGCCAGUUUGCUGUACAGGUUAUUGCAGUGAAAGGCCAAGCUGAGGCUUCUUCCACCAUUGCUGUCGAGUGGACAUCCCCUCUUCCUGCUACUUCUAUACAAAUUCAGAAUGAGAAGUACCCCGACAAGUUGAGUAUAGCCUGGGCGCAACCCACUGGGAGGCUGGAAGGCUAUGAGUUGAACUUAUACCAACCAGCAUUGAACAGCACAAUAGUCCAAACAACUCUGGGGAAAGAUGCCAGCAAUUUCACCUUCUCAGGUCUGACGCCAGGAGUCAAGUAUGUGUAUGAGAUCAUCUCAAAGGCUGGACCCUACAGGAGUUCAGCAGGAAACUUCAGUGCUUGGACAUACCCUCUGCCUCCUCGCAUGGUGCGUCUGUCAAACAAAGGGCACACUGACAAGCUGAGCACUGCCUGGCAACCCACUGGAGGAGACCAAGAUGGCUAUAUGUUAACUCUGUAUUAUGCUGGAUCAGGCACUGUGGUUGCCAAGAGAUCGUUAGAAAAGAACGCCACCAAUUUCACCUUCUCAGGCCUCAUGCCAGGAACUAAAUAUUUGCUAGAAGUUGCUUCCAUGGCAGGGCCCUAUAGGGUACCAGCAGGGAACAUCAGUGAUUGGACAUACCCUUUGGUUCCUGGGAAACUUUCCAUAAAGGCUGAAAAGGGAAACACAGCGGCAUCUGUAACCUGGGCAAAGCCCCUCAGCAAACCAGAGCGCUGCCAGCUACAGCUGUGGUAUCCAGGCAACGACACCAUGCUACAGCACCAUGUCUUGACCCCAUGGCAGAUCCGACAUGUUUUCAAGGGAUUGGUUCCAGGGAGAAAUUAUUCUGUCUCCCUCAGCUGCACUGCUGGACCCUACAAGAACAGUUCUGAGAUGACAGAAGUGGCAAUAGAGCCUUUUCAGGUGAAGGACUUGCAGUGUUUGCCUGACAUCACCAGCAUAUUUCUAAACUGGACCAUCCCUGGAGGUGACAUUGAGUCCUAUGAGUUGGCAAUGGAGACGUUACCAAGAGGAGGCCCCCAGGCUGUAUCUGUUCUGGCUGUUUCCAGGGCUGACAUCACUCUGGCAAAGCUGACUUCAAACACUCUCUAUCAGAUCAGUGUUAGAGCUGUUGGCAAGAAUGGCAUAAGGGGCCCAGCUGUGAAGGUGCACUGCAACACCUUGGAGGAAGUCCUUCCACCACCUGUGAGAGUGGACACUCCUCAGUUUGAUGCCAGCUCCAGAGUCAUCAUUUUCCCCGAUAUGUUCAGUGAGGAAAAUGGCCUCAUCGAAUAUUAUGGGGUGGUUGUCACCACCAAUGAGUCUUUAUUGAGACCUACCCAAGACAUCAUCUCUCGCACCUGGUAUGACCACUAUUAUGGGCAGGAAGACUCAUACUUGGCUCUAUUGGUCCCAAACCCAUUCCAUCUCAAUGAAAGCACCAGUCCGAAGGCCUGGCCAGUGACAGUGGGUACAGAGGAAUGCAGCCACUCUCGGAAGACUUGCAAUGGGAAAUUGAAAACGCAUGCACAAUACAGGUUCAGUGUUGCUGCAUUCACCAGAUACAGCCAACGAGCUCCGAGAGUAUCGUUCACAGCCUUUUCAGCAGUAGGUGCCUCAGCAGCUUCUGCUACUGUGUCUGCCCCAGUUAUCACUGGGAUUAUUAUGGGAUUUCUCUUGACUAUCACAACAAUUGCUGGGUUGAUUUUCUGGAGGCGUCAAAAGGCAAGGAGAAUGGAAAAGGGCAAUGUACCCCAAGAAAUGGCCACAUACAGUCUGAGAAACACCCACCGUCCAAUCCUGCUACAAAAUUUCAGGCAAUAUUAUGAAGCAAAGGCAGCAAAUUCCAACCAAGGAUUCUUUCAGGACUUUGAGGAGCUGAAGGACGUGGGGAAGGAGCAGCCUAAAACAGAAGGUGAACUUUCUGCCAACUCAUCCAAGAAUCGAUACCCCCAUGUUCUACCAUAUGAUUACUCCCGAGUAAAGCUGAGCCCCUUGGAUGGAGACCCCCAUUCUGACUACAUAAAUGCCAACUUUGUGCCGGGUUACAGUUCUCCACAGGAGUUCAUUGCCACACAGGGGCCCUUGAAGAAAACCUUGGAUGAUUUCUGGCAGCUAGUCUGGGAGCAGCACAUCUGUACCAUUGUGAUGCUUACUGUGGGCAUGGAGAAUGGACGAGUACUAUGUGAAUGCUACUGGCCCUCGGAUUCCAUUCCUGUCUCUUCUGGGCAAAUCAGCAUCCACUUGCUGGCUCAGAAUUUUGCAGACGAGUGGGCAACAAGGGAAUUCAAACUCCAACAUGAAGGGCUAAAUAUGGAACGGAGAGUGGUCCACUUGCAUUACACAGCAUGGCCUAAUCAUGGUGUUCCUGAGUCCACAACCUCUAUGAUUGCAUUCAUAGAGCUGGUGCGAGCACACAUGCAAAGUGCAAAUGAAACUGGACCUACAUUAGUACAUGGCAGUGCAGGUGUGGGGCGGACAGGCACCUUCAUUGCUCUUGAUCGACUCUUGCAGCAGUUGAAGCAUGAGAAAGUGGUGGACGUAUUCAAUGCCGUCUACAGUCUGCGGAUGCACCGCCAUCUAAUGAUUGAGACUCUGGGACAGUACAUCUUCCUGCACAACUGCAUUUUAGAAAAGAUCUCUGAAGAGCCCCUUCAUGACCUGUCUGUGGUAGAGGUCUCACAUCCUAUUCCUCUCAAGAAUUUCCUUCAGCAUCAUGCAAAAAAUUGUAGCAAUGCCAAUGCUGGUUUCCUGAGAGAAUAUGAGCAGAUGCUCUUGGAGGCUGCAAAAGAGGAAGUCAGUUCUGCUAUUGUGUCUUCUGACAACCAACAGAUCAGCCUUGACUCCAGCAAGAGCCAUUACAAUCGAUCUAAAGUGAAGUUCUCACCCGUAGAUCGAGAUCCCUUCUCUGACCUCCCACACGUCUGGUUCAUCCCUGGUUGCAACUCAAUCAAGGAUUAUAUAGCUAUUGAAGGACCAUACAAACUUGCGUUGGAAGAAUUCUGGGGGCUAAUCUGGGAACACGGAGUCCACACCAUCAUCACUCUACAGAACAGUACAACUCCAGACAACUCAUGCUGGCCCUCCGAGAGUGAACCAGUCUGCACAGAAAGGUUGAUUGCACAGAAAGGUCCAGAGAAGGUCAUUUCAGGAUGGCAAUGCGUUCAGCUCAGACUGAAAUAUGUACGUGAGUUGGAGAAAAAGGCUAAGGAGAGGCUGCUGCAACGGUUCCGGUUUCCUUUGGGAGAAGGAGAAGACUUACCAGACCCUGAAAUCCUGGUGGGCUUCCUCACCAUGGUCAGGGAACUAACGCCAUGUCGGAAGAGAACCAGCCCCUUUGUUCUGCACUGCAGUUUGGGCAAUGUGAGUCAAAUGGGGGUGCUGAUUGCCUUGGACACCCUCCUGCAGCAGCUGAAAGAAGAGAAAAGUGUGGAUGUCUAUGGUGUUGUUUUGAGACUGGUGAAGAGCUGCUGCCUCAUGACCCCAACACUGGACAAGUACAUCUAUCUGUAUGAAUGCAUUUGCAACAUCAUGACCCAGAAAUAAGUUUAGGCUUUGCUCUCCACUCUCUGUGGAUGAAUGGGAUGCAGAACCUAGCAGUACCGUGGCUACAGGCUGAACUGAAGUGCUCCUGCACACAGAUGGGCAGCCAGCUCAGGAACCUCCUAAUUUUUUUUGCAGAAGAUGCUGAUGAGAGUCAGCAGUACUGAACUGCCUUUGACAUUCCUAGAUCUUGAUUAGAAGGAACAUAAAUCUGCUGAAAAUAAUCUCUGGUGCCUCAGCACUUCUGUGCCAAAGCCAUUUACCUUCUUCAGGAUGUGAAAACAAUACCUGCUUCACGUCCCCCUAAUUUUUGUCCAGUUGUCUUUCUGGAACUUGGGCAUUCCAAGGCUGUCAUACACAAAUCACAUAGUCAGUAGGCAGCCUAAAAUUGGGAUCAAGAUAUCUUCUAAAGCCAUUGCAUACAUUUGUGGCACAGCAGCCUUCAGGAUAACUUGCGCAGUUCUUCUUGUUUCGUUUUAAAAACAGAUGUAAGAGAAUAUGCAGAAAAUGUGAUGGGUAGGGCUCUCGUGUGGCCCAAUGCCUUUCUCCUCCCAUAAGCUUGAGACUAUCUUUGCACUAGGAGAGUUGACUUGUGAUCGUAUCAGUCCCAAUUCUUUAUCUGUGGUACAUCAUUUUAAAAUGGGGUAGAGAGAAGAGUUGAAAUGAAUGCAUUCUUCCAAUAGGACAAUAUUACCCCAGUUUUUC